GAACGUACACCCCAAGGCGCCAAAGCAAAGCAAGGAAAAGGAAAGCAACAAGGAGGACUCACGCAGUACGCGCGAGACCUCGAGCUCAAGUCCUUGCUUAUCUUUCUUGCUGCAAAUAGCUUGAAGUCGAUCCGCGAAAGGACGACCGCACCAGCUAGCAUUCGUUACCUUCAUCAGCUUCGACAGCAAUGGAGGUUAAGGUGCUGAGCUCCAAGCUCGUCAAGCCCGCUUACAAUGCCGGUGCGGGCCCAGCGCCGGCGGUCAGUGCGGAUGAGUACACCCCCCUGACCAUCUUCGACGUGGUCACGUACAAGAUGCAGAUGGCCAUCAUCUACGCCUUCCCGCCGCCGGCCCCAUCGACGGCGGCCAUCGAGAACGGCCUGGCCGCGGUGCUGGCCGAGUACCGCGCAUUCGCGGGGCAGCUGGGCGUGGCCCCAGACGGCACGCCCGCGGUGCUGCUCAACGACCGCGGCGCGCGCCUCGUGGAGGCGGCCGUGGACGCGGACCUCGUGGACAUGGCGCCCGCCAAGCCCACCCCGGAGCUGCUCCGGCUGCACCCGGACCUGGAGGAGGAGGAGCUCCAGGAGGUGGUGCUCCUGCAGCUGACCCGGUUCCGGUGCGGCUCACUCGCCGUCGGGUUCACGUCCAACCACGUCGUGGCCGACGGCCACGCCACCAGCAACUUCCUCGUGGCGUGGGGGCGCGCCACCAGGGGCCUCCCGACGGGCCUGCCCCCCGUGCCCCGCCAGGCGGGGCUCUUCAAGCCGCGCCCUUCGCCCCGCGUCGACUUCGACCACCGCAGCAGGGAGUGGUACCUGCCGUCGCCCGCCGAGACCGAGAAGCAGCACGGCCACGGCCGCGAGGGCGCGGCGGCGGCGGAGAGCAUCGUGAUCCAGAAGGCGCAUUUCACCAAGGACUUCAUCGCGCGGCUCCGCGCCAAGGCAUCGGAAGGCCGCGGCCGCCCGUUCAGCCGGUUCGAGACCGUCCUGGCCCACCUGUGGCGCGCCAUGACGCGCGCCCGCGGGCUGAGCCCCGACGAGACCUCGCAGAUCCGGCUGUCCGUGGACGGGCGCCACCGCCUCGGCCUCCCCGCCGAGUACUUCGGCAACCUGGUCCUCUGGGCGUUCCCGACCGCCACGGUGGCGGACCUGCUGGGGCGGCCGCUGAAGCACGCGGCGCAGGUGAUCCACGACGAGGUGGCGAGCGUCGACGGCAGCUACUUCAGGUCGUUCAUCGACUUCGCGACGUCCGGCGCCGCGGAGAGGGAGGGGCUGGCGCCCAGCGCCGUCUGCAAGGACGUCCUGUGCCCGAACGUGGAGGUGGACAGCUGGCUCACCUUCCCGUUCUACGAGCUGGACUUCGGCACGGGCAGCCCGACCUACUUCAUGCCGUCCUACUUCCCCACGGAGGGGAUGCUGUUCCUCGUGCCGUCCUACAUCGGCGAUGGCAGCGUCGACGCAUUCGUGCCCGUCUUCCAGCAAAACCUCGAGGCGUUCAAGGAGUGCUGCUACGCCAUGGACUAGGAUCGGGCUGCAGGCGUCGUAGCGGAGGCAGGAGGGGAAGGGAAUGCUUGCAUAUCCCGAUCGCCCGUAGGUUGAACCGUCGGAUCAAGGACGUGUCUAAUUAAGCGAGUGUUUCAUUGAGUUUUGGGAGAUUAAAUUUAUGAUUCAAUUUAAUUAUGAGGUUAAUCAAUAAUAAUGACAAUAAUCAGUCUGUUCAUUUUUAA